AUGUCUCUAGGGAGCUCAUUCUCUCUCGCUGAUCCUGGAACUCCAGGAUUUUCUUAUCUUCUUUUAUUUAAAGAAGAAUAUCGCACCGAUGCUUCUUUUCACCUUAAGAGAUCUCCAUUAGUCUGGGAGGUAGCAGAUUUUAUGGAACAGAAUUUGUUUACAAUAAGUGAAGAUCGAAUCAAACCAUCACGAUUUGAUCACAACGUUCAAGCAUUUCAAGUUGAAUCGGGAACUCCACCUACAUACCCCAUUCGGGAUUGGGAGGAUGAGGAUGAUUUUCAAGAACGAAUAAAUCAAUAUAAUAUAGAAAGACUUCGAUGGUUUACUGUAAAAAGUUUUAUAUAUAGUGCAUUACAUAAUUAUUCUGAUUAUAAAUUUAUGUAA